UCCACCCUCCAAUCCCUCAUUUACCUUAUCUCAAAAAAUCGACUUUUUUUUACAAUGUCUUCAUUCUAGUUUUUUUGGAAGGACCCCUUCCCCCUCCACACUUCAUAAUCCACCCAUCCUGCAAUACUUCACCUUUCCUCUUCCAUAAACGUCGUCACACUUCUAGCCUUCCUUCUAGUUUUUUUGGAAGGAUCCCUCCCUUCAUACCCCAUCCCCUCAUAAUCCUUCCCCUUCCUCCUCUUCCAAAAACGUCGUCAGACUUCCUUUUAAUUUUUGGAAGGGAUUUAGAAUUUUUUAACACUUAAAAAAUAUUUUACACAACUUUUUUUCUUUUCCGCUUCCACUAAUUUUAAAUUUUUUAUUUAUUUUAUAAAAUACCCCACGCAUUUUUCCUUUCCAAAAAAACGUCUAAUCCUGUUAAUCUCUUUUGCCCUCUUAACAAACUUUUUUUGGUGGUGGUCUAAGUGAAGUGUGGCUUUUAAAAAUUCAUAAAAUUGAAUUAUUAAAAUCCUUAAAGUUUAAAAUAUAAGGACUUCUGUGUGUGUUUUAAGCUUCGUUAGAAGAUUUGCCAACAAAAAUUUUCUUGUUUUUUAAUAUUAAAUAUCAUGAGAAUAUUAUCGCGUGACUUAAAAAUCAUCACAUAUUUGUGACAAACUUAAGCAAAAACAAAUUUGUUUAGAUGUUAAAAGUACUAAUUUUUCUUUUAAAAAACGUGCCUGGAAACAUUCUCAGAAUUUUUUUCUUAAUAAACAAUGUUUGAUUGGGGGACAACUUGAAUAUACCUAUGAGAGAGCUCUUCGAAAGAGCUCUUCGAUGCCAACGGUUAUUGCUAACCCCUCAAACAACCUAUAAACACCGAGACUGAUCGUUUCCAUUUUUCAUUGCUUUAUCUGUAGGGUUGGGGUUUUCGGACCAGACCGACGUUCGAGUCAUCUUUUCGGCUUCAUUUUUAUCGGACCAGAUCGAGUCUUUUUCAGGCCAAAGUUCGAUGCCCAACUCGAUCUUUCGGACUGGACCUCACCCCCAAACCCUAUUUAUCUGCUCUAAAAUAGGAAAAAUCUCCUUCAGCAUUCUUACAAAAUAUUCUCAGGAUUCACAAUUUCCAAGAGCGUCAUUUUUUGUUCCUAAAAAAUUAUUUUUGGAAUCUCAAGUAUUUUUUCAACAUAUCAUUUUUUAA